AUGUCAGGAGCAUCUGAUUUUUUAACAAAGGGAAUUGAUUUGGUUCAAAAAGCCAUAGAGGCGGAUACAGCCACAAGAUAUGAAGAAGCAUAUAAACUAUAUUACAAUGGAUUAGAUUAUCUUAUGUUAGCAAUAAAAUAUGAAAAAAAUCCAAAAUCAAAAGAAUUAGUAAAAUCAAAAUUCACUGAAUAUUUAACAAGAGCAGAACAAUUGAAAGAUCACCUAGAAAAUCAACAAACUAAAUCAAGUUCUGCUGAAAAUUCAGCUAAUGGAUCAACAAAAGCUAAAAAAUCUGGAAGUGGAGAAGGUGAUGAUGAUGAUGCAGAUACAAAAAAAUUAAGAGGUGCAUUAGCUGGUGCCAUAUUAUCAGAAAAACCAAAUGUUAAAUGGUCAGAUAUUGCUGGAUUAGAUUCUGCAAAAGAAGCAUUGAAAGAAGCAGUUAUAUUACCUGUCAAAUUCCCACAUUUAUUUGUUGGUAAUAGGAAACCAACUUCUGGUAUAUUAUUAUAUGGACCACCAGGUACUGGUAAAUCAUAUUUAGCAAAAGCAGUAGCAACAGAAGCCAACUCAACAUUUUUCAGUGUAUCUUCAUCAGAUUUAGUAUCAAAAUGGAUGGGAGAAUCAGAAAGAUUAGUUAAACAAUUAUUUACAAUGGCAAGAGAAAAUAAACCAUCAAUUAUAUUUAUAGAUGAAGUUGAUGCAUUAUGUGGGCCAAGAGGUGAAGGUGAAAGUGAAGCUUCAAGAAGAAUCAAAACUGAAUUAUUAGUACAAAUGAAUGGUGUUGGAAACGAUUCACAAGGUGUAUUAGUACUAGGGGCAACAAAUAUUCCAUGGCAAUUAGAUGCUGCAAUAAGGAGAAGAUUUGAAAGAAGAAUAUAUAUAGCUUUACCAGAUGUUGAAGCAAGAACAAGAAUGUUUGAAAUAAAUAUCGGUGACGUACCAUGUGAAUGUACUCCACAUGAUUAUAGAACUUUGGCAGAAAUGACAGAUGGUUAUUCAGGUCAUGAUGUUGCAGUUGUUGUAAGAGAUGCAUUAAUGCAACCAAUACGAAAAAUUCAACAAGCAACACAUUUUAAACCAGUAAUAGACGAGGUAGAUGGUAAAGAAAAAUUCACACCAUGUUCACCAGGAGAUAAAGGAGCUCGAGAAAUGAGUUGGAUGGAAAUAGGUACAGAUGAAUUAAAAGAACCAGCAUUAACUAUAAAAGAUUUUAUAAAAUCUAUAAAAAGUAAUAGACCAACUGUUAAUGCAUCUGAUAUUUCAAAUCAUGUUAAAUUUACUGAAGAUUUUGGUCAAGAAGGUAAUUAG